CGCACCGCCCCGCAGCUGGACUUCCCAAGGUCACUGGCACCCAGGAUACCGCGACCAACGUUGGGCCACGACGACGCUGCCAGGCGCAGUCGCGAUCCGUAGGAUGGUGACCCUCGGGGCGCCGCAGCCCACGCCCCUGGCCGAUGACACCAUGGCACUCGUGCAGGAAGGAGGCCGGGGUCUAAGAGACUCAUGGACACUGCACAGACGGGGAAACUGAGGCCCAAGGAACCGGAAUGGUUGGCUCCUGGCCACCCAAGAAGGUAGAUGGAAGGGGGACAAGAGGGCACAGAGAGGUUCAGCUGCCCUCGGGGAUCACACAGCCAGCCAGGGCUGAGAUGGCCAUCCACCCUGGUCCUGCCGCUCAGCGCCUCCUCUUCCGGAACCUUCUGCUCUUGCUGUGGACCCUCCUGAGCCGUGAUUUGGGGGUUCCUGCUCAGGGUCCGGGGGAGUGGACGCCCUGGGGGUCUUGGAGCAGGUGUUCCAGCUCGUGCGGCCGGGGCGUCGCCGUGCGCAGCCGCCGCUGUGUCCGACUCCCCGGAGAGGAGCCUUGCUGGGGCGACAGCCAUGAGUACCGGGUGUGCCAGCUGCCCGACUGCCCCCCAGGGGCAAUACCCUUCCGAGACCUGCAGUGCGCUCUCUACAAUGGCCACCCUGUCCUGGGCACCCAGAAGACCUACCAAUGGGUGCCCUUCCACGGGGCACCCAACCUGUGUGACCUCAACUGCCUGGCCGAGGGCCACGCCUUCUACCACAGCUUCGGCCGCGUGCUGGACGGCACCCCUUGCACCCCCGGGGCCCAGGGCCUCUGCGUCGCAGGCCGCUGUCUGAGCAUCCCACCCCAGUGCGUCCCAGUGCAAACCGCUACCCCUCCACCUGCGCAUCCCAGCGCAUCCCAGAAAAUCCUGCUGGGCUACACCCCCAACCUCCCGCCUGCCCCAGGUGCCUUCGCCGGCUACUGGAACGUGACUCUGAUCCCCGAAGGCGCCAGGCACAUCCGCGUGGCCCAGCGCAGCCACAACCACCUGGCGCUGGUGACCCGCGACGGGCGCUACGUGCUGAACGGCGCGGACGGGGUGCCCAGCCUGCCUGGCACCUAUGAGGCUGCGGGCACCCGCGUGGUCUACACCCGCGGGGCGGGCCCCGAGGAGACUCUGCAGGCGGCCGGGCCCACCUCCCAGGAGCUGUUGCUGCAGGUGCUGCUGCGGGAGCCCAAUCCAGGCGUGCACUUCGAGUUCUGGCUGCCCCGGGAGCGCUACGGUCCCUUCCAGGCGCAGGCGCAGGCCCUGGGCUGGCCCCUGCGACAGCCUCAGCCUCGGGAGGUGGAGCCUCAGCCUGCGGACACCCCUGCGGUCCCCGAGGCCGUCCCUGCCCGGGUUGCAUCCCUGACCCCAGACCCCUGCGGGCCAUGCCCUGACAGCAGGGGCCGCGCACACCGGCUUCUGCAUUACUGCGGCAGCGACUUUGUGUUCCAGGCCCGCGUGCUGGGCCGCCACCGGCAGGCCGAGGAGACCCGCUAUGAGGUGCGCGUCCUGCUCAUCUACAAAAACCACUCACCGCUGCGCACUCGAGAGUAUGUGUGGGCGCCAGGCCCCUGCCCCUGCCCACCACUGGCCCCCCAUCGGGAGUACCUACUGGCUGUCCGGCGACUGGUCAGCCCCGAUGGCACACAGGACCGGCUGCUGCUGCCCUACGCGGGCUAUGCUCGGCUCUGGAGUCCGGCGGAGGACAGCCGCGUUCGCCUGGCUGCUCGCCGCUGUCCGGUCUAAACCUCCCGCCGCGCGAGCUCACCAGCUGCUGCUUCUGGUGUCGGGUGACUCAGAAAAAUCUCCCGCCAGGAUAUUUCGAGACACUGUGUUUGUAACCUUGGCUGGCAUGGAACUCGCUGCGUAGACCCGGCUGGCCUUGAAUCACAGAGAUCCGCCUGCCUCGGCCUCCCCAGUGCUGGGACUAAAGGCCUGCGCCGCCGGGCUACCUUUCCACCAAACGACUUUGGUCCAUCCCUUUUAAAAUUACUAUUUAAUUCCGAGUAUAAGAACUCGGAAAAAGAACAAGGCCUUCCCCGCUGCUCAUCAGCUCUCUAGGCUCAGGGACGCCCUAGCAGAGGCAGCUCAGACGGUGUGUCUAAAUUACUGUCUUUUCCUGACACCCCCUCCCAGGGCACUGGACCCACGUGAGACCAGCACAGAGGUGUCAGAGUUUGGGGACACACAGAGAAUCGGUGUGCCUCCUGACCUGGGCUCUGUCCAGGCUACCAGUUCAUUUCAGUGUCUGUACAUCAUGGGUGUCUGUCCUAUAGUCUCUCAGCAAGCCGUCCCCAGUGGGGUGUCCCUCUCUGGGUCCUGCCUCGGUCCUAUGGUCUAACCUGUCCUCAGUGACAUCCAGGACUGGGAUCCAGAGGCCAGGGGACUGUCAGCCUUGCCUCGAUCCUCCACAAGACCCCCUGUGGCUCUGACCCAUCGCCUCGCCCUUCCAAAGGCCUCAGUUUCCCCAUCUGUUAGCUCUGUCUACGAACAUUUAUUGAGCACUGACUGUAAGUGGGAGACCCAGCAAGUCCUGGGGAGGCAUAGUACUGUUCUGGGAUAAGCAGGGGUCAUUUGUGUGGUU